AAAUUGUGACACAAUUAUUGCUUAAAAAUUGAAUUCAAGUUUUAAAUUCAUUCACAACUAAUAAAAGUUAAACACAAGUUGUUCACCAAAAACGACAAAACUGUUUAAAAAUGGCAAAAAAUGGUCACAAAGAUCUGUUUGUGAAGACACCGCUCAUCGAGAGUCUUGAGUUGAAACCAUUUUGCGGUUCCCGUAAAGUGUACCUCAAGUUAGAGUCGGCACAGCCGGCGGCCAGCUUUAAGAUGCGGGGAAUCAGUCGGGUUUGUCAGAAGGCGGCGAGAGAUGGCUAUAAGGAGAUUGUGUGCGCCUCCGGGGGUAACGCAGGUCUGGCCGCCGCCUGCGCUGCCCGUGAGUUGGGCCUCAAGUGCCGUAUAGUUGUGCCGAACCGGACGUCGGAUAUGAUGAAAGACAAGAUCGCCAGAGAGGGCGCAGACAUCGAGACCGUAGGCGACGUCUGGGACGACGCCAACGCCAGAGCCCUCCAAGUGAUCCGAGAGUGCAAACAAGCCCUAUAUAUCCACCCCUUUGACGAUCCCAUUGUGUGGUCGGGUCACUCAACGAUGAUCGACGAGAUCGCGGCCGACCUGAACGCCACGCCAUCGAUGAUCAUCACGUGUUGCGGCGGCGGUGGUCUCCUGUGCGGUAUCAUUGAGGGCAUGAGACGUCACGGCUGGACAUCCGUACCGGUGCUGGCGAUGGAGACGACGGGCGCCAACUCGUUGAACGCGGCGGUGACGGCGGCCGUCGACGGUGUGGUUCGGCCGGUGAUACUGCCGGCCAUCACAAGUAUAGCCACAACUUUGGGCACGUACUCCAUAUGCGACCAAUUGGCCAAAGAGUACAACGCGAGCGCACCACCAGUGCUGUCACAUAUGGUUGAGGACAGGGAUGCUGUCGACGCGUGUCUUAAGUUUGCCGAUCACCACAGGAUUCUUGUGGAACCGGCCUGCGGAGCAACUCUGGCCGCUCUCUACACGGGAUUAGUUGAGAGACUAUUGGCGGACAACUCUGGCCACGAGUACGGCUCGGGUCCGGUGGUCGUGAUUGUGUGCGGCGGCGCUGCCGUUAAUAUUGAUAUAUUUGCUGAACUCAAAAGUAGAUUUGAUUUAUAAAUGGUGUG